ACCCCCAGGCCUUAUCAUUAAUAAAUCAAAAAACCUUACCUCCGAUCGUAUGGUGGUUCAUAAGUCGGCUAUCCUACUAAGGACGGCCAACUCAACCCCGAUACUAGAAAAGAAACCUAGAUCAACUGUGAACCUAGAAGAGAGGACUCUUCUCAAUACAAGUAAUAUAGGAAAGCGAUAAAUAAGGGAGACUCUCCCUUUACAAAGUAAGAAGAAAAAACAAAAAGCAAAAAAACAAAAGGGCAUCUUUAGAUGAACCAUAUGGAAAGCUGUCGGAUCAAGGUGGUUCUCUGAUCUUCAUCUUUCUUCUUCUAAAAUUUGGCUUCUCAGUCUUGUCUAGAAUAUAGUAUCCUCUAGCUUCUUUGGUAGCUGGUGGACAUGGAAGUAAUGUUGAGGGACUUCACUGUUAUGGCUAGUUUUAGAUAAAACAUCAGCCAUAAAGUUAGUCUCUCUAAAGGUGUGAUUACAGGAAAAGGAUUGGAAUUGAUCACAUGUUCUCUUAAGGUUAGCUACAGUAUGGUGCAAAUUCCAAGGUGGAGCAACUUCUUGUUUUAUCCAGUGAACCUCUAACUCAGAGUCUACUUCCAAAAUCACCUAGUUAAAACCAUUAUUUAGACACCAAGAUAGACCCCAUUGAGCAGCUUCAAUCUUUGCUUGGUUGUUGGUACCAUGGCCUAGUGGAGUAGCAUAAGCAUAGAUUAAAUCACCUAGGGCAUCUCUAAACAAAUACCACCAGCCCCUAUCUUUCCUGGGUUGUCUAAUGCACUACCAUCAGAGUUGAUUUUAAUCACAUUUGUAGGUGGCUUAAACCAACUUACCUUGGUAAUUUUGAUAUCAUGGAAGCAAUUUCCUGCAAACUGUAUCAACUCAGGCCACUUGCAUGGCCAUUUGAUGUAAGGAGAGUUGAUGAGUAGGAGGUUGUUGAUAUCUUUAAGCACCAAGUAUAUCACUCUAGUGAUAUUAUAGUUGUUUCCUCCAUAUUUGCAUGCACAUCUAAUUUUCCACAGGUUCCAACAAGUAAAGAUAUUGAUUUACUGCAGACAUCAAGGCCACAAGGUUCAUACAUGCAAUGUCAAGAGGAGAGAUGCUGAAUAUCGAAUAAGAAAGGCAGUGGAAGCAGCAAACAAGAACAAACCCAAAACAACACAAGGAAAUGAUACUCAUGUAACUACUCUACCAAUUAAUUAUCAGCCUGUUAAGAAUAAUAUUUCUGCUACUGUUUCAGGUACCAAGAACAGCCAUCAAGAACUCAUCAGGAUCAACAAAAAAUGCAAGGAGACCAAUGGCAGACACAAAAGAAAAAGAACUUUAGAGGCUAUCCUCAAAACAAUCAGAGGAAUCACCCAAACAACCAACAAAAUCAGGUUUAUAAACCAAUACCACAUCAGAAUGAGACCAGUAAGGAACCACAAAAAGGUCAAUGAUGGCAGAUUGCGUACCGCCGGUGAGGCUUCUCAACGAGUACUAAAGAGGAUUGGGCAGAGUGGAUGAGGCAUUUCAGCAUUGUACUUUUGAAAGAAUCACCUAUCCAGCAUUAAGAACAUGUGCAAGACUGGCUCAACUACAGCCUUUUUUUGGGCGGGAGCUGUUUGCUGCAGGUUUUGUUAGUUGUUGGUCACAACUUAGUGAGGCUAGUACAGAGUUUAGAAAUGACGUUUUCUUCUCCAAAUAUCCCGCCUGAAAUUCUUGCUAUACUUUUGAACUUGGCAGCGGUUGGAAUAUUAACAUAUGCUCAGCAGCAUUUGGGGGUUCAAUUGAAGGAGUCAUGGUACUGUUGAUUGUUGCAUUCUGUUGUACUGUUUUAAUUGCAGCUCAUCUUUGCCUGAUAAUCUUAGUAUGAGAAGUUGCAACUCUGGGAUAGUGAAUGCAUGUUUAGGACUAGUUUAGGCUGCUAAUGCUUCCUGGAACAUGGGCGAGUGGGAUCAGAUGGCAGAAUAUGUUUCUCAGCCUGACAUGGUGGUGAAACCAAACUCUGAGUCUUGGGAAAUACUGCUUCUAGCAGUGAUGGAAGUAGUAAUGGCAUCUUUUUUAGGAUCUUUCUUCUAGUUCGUCGAGGGAAGUACGAUGAAGCAUGUGAAUAUUUCGAAAGAGUAAGGAAAUGUUUGGCAACCGAGCUUGUUGCACUGGUUCUUGAGAGCUAUGAACGUGCUUACAACAACACGGUUCGCGUUCAACAACUUUCUAAAUUAGAAGAGGUCAUUGAGUACUGUACUCUUCCUCAUAUGGGAAACCCUGUUGUUGAAGGAAGAAGAGCCCUUUUUCCCAAUAUGUGGAAUGAACGCAUAAAGGGUGCAAGAAGAAAUGUCGAGGUUUUGCCUGAUCUCUUUCACAUUGUACGCAUAUCUGAGGAUGGUCUAAAGGAAUUUAUAACAUGGAAACUUGGAACCUUGGUAUCUACUGCGCGACAGAUUCUGCAUCUCGUGCAGCAACUUUGUUUGGCACUCAACGAUGAAGUCAGAAAGUAUCUUCCUGAUAUACUUCCCUGUUGUAUUCAAGUUCUUACUGAUGCGGAGAGGUUUAAUGACUACACAUAUGUAAUUUCUAUUCUCCACACCCUUGAAGUUUUUGGUGGGACAUUAGAUGAGCAUAUGGAUCUUCUUUUUCCUGCACUUAUUCGGUUGUUUAAAGUGGACGCUUCAGUAGAAGUAAGACGUGGUGCAAUCAAAACUCUUACAAGACUGAUACCUUGUGUGCAGGUUACUGGACACAUAUCUUGGCUUGUGCAUCACUGGAAGCUUGUCUUGGACGGGAACAAAGAAGAGCUCAAGAAAGCUGCUAUUGAUGCACUUCGUUGCCUAGGUCAUGCUCUUGGAGAGGACUUCACCAUUUUUAUUCCUUCUAUUCACAAGCUUAUGGUUUAACAUAGGCUGCAGGACCUCCUGAUUUUUGCAGGUCUGCAUUGAUUUUAAGAAAUUCAGGGACGACUGUAAAUGCGAGCCAUUGAUUUUUGGAAGAACCACAGCUCAGAGAUUAAAUCGGCGGCUGCCGGUUGAGGUCAUCAGUGAUCCUUUAGACGAUAGAGAGAGUGACCUCUAUAAGGUUGGGACCGACAUGUAGAAGCUGCUCGAGCUCAGAGUGACGCGAUGGAGAGAGUGACCUCUAUAAGGUUGGGACCGACAUGUAGAAGCAGCUCGAGCUCAGAGUGACGCAGUUUAGGGAGUCCCUCAUAUUCUCUUUUGAUAUCUAAAUUGUGAGAACACAAUCUCAUUUUUAGUUGGGGCAUCCCUUGUAGUCAUUUUGUUGAUUGUUUCUGCAUAUAGUGAUUGUGCCCUUGUCGGGCGUAUUUUUCUUUCUUUGUCAUGGAUUGGUGUGCCCUUGUCGAGAUUUGAUAUUGUGGAUGUUUCUGUUGAUAUUGUGUUGGAUUGGUUUAUUUUAGUUUUUGAUUUGUACUUUAUAGAUUCUUUGCUUUUGUUUUGAUAAUAAGAUUUGGAUUGACGAUGCCCGAUGAUGGCUAUAGGGUGACUACUUUCUUAAGGGUAAAUCGUCAACUUCUGAGUGUUUGAUUGUGGCAAAGUCUGAGUAGUUGUUCCCGAAUAGAUGCAUGAGGUUGCCUGAUGAUGGAUUGGUUGACGACUUUCAUGAGGACAAAAUCCUCAUCUUUUUUGUAAGGUUUUGACUUGGUUGGAACUAAGAGCAUAGUCAUGCAUGUGAAUCGUGUUGAGCAUACCUCUUCGUUUUUAAAAGGUUGAGCAUGUUAUGAAUGAUUUUGUGACAACUCUUUUUGUGACUUUUUAUUCUUUAGCGGUUAAAAUGUUUAGUGCUACUUGUAUUUUGAUAAGGAAGUAAGAUUUUGAACCAUCUUGAUUGAUUUGCAGGCCAUGUGUUGUGAGUUGUUGAAUAAUGCCUUGUGUUUGCUUUUGUCACCUAGAACUUGCCCGAUUGGUCUUGAAAUGUUGUUCUUGAUUGAGUUUGGUUGGAGAAAUGAUCUUAGGCUUUCUUUGAUGUUCUUGAAGUCCACUUGGCCUAAAAAUCCCACCUUUUGCACUAAACAUAUCCUUAGUUGUCCCCUUUUAGUAAUGGCAACCACAUUACAAGCCUUAUCCUUUUUUGAAAAAGUAACCCUCUUUAGAAACCUUCCCUCCUUGAACUUGAGAUUGUGAAAGUUGAGUCUAAAAGCCUAAGUUGGGGGUGUUAUGAGAAAUUCAUUGAAGGGAAGCUUACUACAUGAGGACAUGAUAUAAAAAACGAAAAAAAAAGAGAAAUUGAGGGAUGGAUGGAAAGACUUAAGAAAGAAAAUGAAUAAAUGAGACUUGAAUCUUUCAAAAGUUGAAAAUGGUUGCAUGUUGGACAUCUAGAGUGGAAAUAAGAAAAGGAAAAUGAAAAAUAGUGUGGAAUGUGCAUGGGUUUGAAAAGUGAAGAAAAGCGGAUAAAGUUGGAAAUAAUGAAUUGUUGUGUAGUGUUCAAGGAAGGUGUAGUCACUUACACCAAAAUGAUAUCCUAACCGUCCCUAAACCUAUAUUACAAGCUUAACAAAGUCCUUUGAGAUUUCUAACCAAAUGGAGUUGAGU